UUCAUACAACAAGCGUGGCGGAUUCAUAUAGCGAUAGCAGGCUGCUGAAAAAGUAUUCGAAAUAGAUUAAAAAUUGUAGUAAAAGUGUAAUUCUUAAAGCGUACUGAAAAACGGUAUACAUAUAUAUAUAUAUAUAACUAUUAGAACAAAUACUCGAAUACUCGGCGAACUACUGCUAUAAAAGUUAAAGUUUAAAAAGCAACAGCUAAAAUGGUCAAAGAAACGGGCUAUUACGAUCUGCUGGGCGUGAAGCCCAACGCAACACCUGAUGAGCUGAAGAAGGCCUACAGAAAAUUGGCGCUGAAAUACCACCCGGACAAGAAUCCUAAUGAGGGUGAGAAAUUCAAAGCAAUCUCGCAGGCGUACGAGGUGCUCUCCGAUGCGGACAAGCGUCAGGUGUACGAUGAGGGCGGUGAGGCGGCCAUCAAGAAGGGUGGCGCCGAUUCCGGUGAUUUCCGCAAUCCCAUGGACUUCUUUGAGAAGUUCUUUGGCGCCGGUUUUGGCGGUAGCGGCGGCGGUCGUCGUCGUGAACGACGCGGCAAGGAUGUGGUUCACCAGAUGUCCGUGCAGCUCGAGGAGCUGUACAAUGGGGCAACGCGCAAACUGCAGUUGCAGAAGAAUGUGAUUUGUGACAAGUGCGAGGGUCGCGGAGGCAAGAAGGGCAGCAUCGAGAAGUGUGUCCAGUGCCGCGGCAACGGUGUCGAGACACGCGUGCAACAGAUCGCGCCCGGCAUUGUGCAACACAUCGAGCAGGUGUGCCGAAAGUGUUCCGGCACCGGUGAGACCAUACAGGAGAAGGAUCGCUGCAAGAACUGUAACGGACGUAAAACUGUGCGGGAGCGCAAGGUGUUGGAAGUGCACAUCGAGAAAGGCAUGCGGGAUGGUCAGAAGAUUGUAUUUACAGGCGAGGGCGAUCACGAGCCCGAAUCUCAACCGGGUGAUAUCAUAAUAUUGUUGGACGAAAAGGAGCAUACAACGUUUGUACAUGCCGGCACGGAUCUGAUGAUGAAAAUGCCACUCCAGCUGGUCGAGGCGUUGUGUGGGUUCCAGCGCAUUGUCAAGACGCUGGAUGAUCGCGAUCUGCUCGUGGCCACGCAACCUGGCGAAGUUAUACGACAUGAAAUGACUAAGUGUAUCGCAGAGGAGGGCAUGCCCAUAUUCAAGAAUCCCAUGGAGAAGGGCACGCUAAUCAUUCAGUUUGAGGUCAUUUUCCCCGAUGUGAUCAACCCAUCAGUUAUACCGACGCUCAAGCAGUGCUUGCCACCGGCGCCAGAGAUUGACAUUCCAGUUGAUGCAGAGCAUACAGUUUUGGAGGACUUUGAUCCCAAACAACGUCGCCAGCAACACCAGCGCAUGGCCUACGACGAGGAUGAGGGUGGCUAUCAAGAUGGACCGCGCGUUCAACAGUGCACAUCCAGUUAAGCGGCCUACACUUAAAACUACAACACAAAAACGAUAUGGAGUGUAUACGCUCGCCCUGCGUUCUAUUGUAACCUAAAUCAAGACGUCUUAACACCCUGAAUCUAAACCAGUUGCUGCCCCCUGAACACAGGCGCCUAACAGAACAACACCUGGCACCACCACCUCCAACAACACCAACCACUAUAGCACCGGUACCACCAUUCGAGUGGCAUUCGCAUUCAUUGUAAUAUCCCAAGCAAAAUACACUCGCAAACAUUUAACAUAAAGAAGCCGAAAUUUAAGAAACAAAUUUGAAGUUAUAUGGCUUAGGAUCAGAGAUAUGCUCUUCAGACUACGAGAUAUGCUAAUUACGAUAUUUAGGUAUAAAAACAAAACAAACAAAAAUACUUAUCAAAAUAUGCACAUUUUUAACGCGUGGUUCGAAAACUAUAUAUAUAUAAAACUAUAAGUAUAUUGUUUUAUUCCGUUUAUAUUGAGUUGGAUAUGAGUUGACAAUAGGAGCCCCAAAACAAAAAAACAUGAAAAACAAAAAUAAACCUUAAAUCAGUCGCCACUAGAACCGCAUAUUAAAAGUCCGCGCACGAUCGCGUCUAGGAACAAGUUUAAGUUAUUUAAUUCCAGCAUAAAUAAAUAAAAGCGUUAGAUUAAACGGAUAUAACAAAUAAAAUAAUUAAUACACAAUUUCAACCUAAAA